AUGGGUUUCCUUGACAAAUUACGAACUCACUAUGACCUUCAAAAGGUCGAGCAAUACACUAAGCGGAGGGAAGCACAGUCUCCGUUUGAAUUCCACGACCGUGAUUAUUACCAAAGUGUCUACCAAGAAGGUGUUUAUCUAGAUCCACACUCGUCUUCUCGUCGAUCGUCUUCGUCUUCUCUUUCGUCAAUCGGGUGGGGCACAGUUUCAAAAUUGGUUAAGAAACGAAGAGGACUUUCGCUAGCAACCGAACAAAUCAAGACAUCUGAAUCCUACAGUUCUCGUCCGUCAUUUGAUCCAAUAAAGUUAUGUUGUCCGGACCGAACAGAAUGUCUUCCAAUCAGAAAUAACACUGUAGGAAAUGACAGCAUUCACUUUAGAAAAAAAAAUUGUCGUAAAUUCCAAAAUCAUAGCAACUUUAGAGAAGUCAGUUUGUGGACUCAGAUUUUCAGUUUACCUGGCCCUAGUCAUAUAAUUUUCCCAAUCCAAAAUAGUAUAAAUAGCAUGUCAGACUCAAAAUCACACAAAACUAUAUAUAAACAAAGCGACGAUGAUGAUUGGAUUACUGAGGAUUUUAAUGUAUCGGACCAAUAUAAAUUGGUGAAAGGAAACAUAUUAGGUUUAAGAAAGAAUCUAGCUAGACUUUCAGAUAUCAGACUCCUUGUUACUGCCCUCACACGCCAAGUAGAUCGCGUAUUUGGUAAAACCCGCAAGAAACGGGUCGACUGGUUCGAGAAUAACCUCUUCUCAAGAUUUUGUUUUGCAUAG